AUGCCGUCCCUGGGUCUCUUCGCCUUCGCCUCUGGUUCCUCCGUCUCAUUCGUCGACUCUCGCUCUCUCCAGCUCGUCUCCACUAUCCCUCUCCCUCCUCCUCCCGGUGCCCUCUCCCCUUCGUCACUUACGUCCGCUGGAUCCCUUUCUCUCUCCCCCGCGAUCUGCUCUCCACCAAGCCCUCCGCCUCCCACCUUCUCCUCGCCGUUUCCGACCGCAACGACCGCGUCGCCCUCUCACAUCGCCGGAAUCAGACUAGAUGUCGCCACAUACAACUCUCUAAUCGCCGGAGUGGCGAGACAGCUGAUGUUGGAUCCUGUCUUCUACCUGUUCGACGAAAUGCUUGACUGGCCAAGGAAGAUGAAACGUUAA